AUGGCGGCACCGUUUCUGCCCGAGGCGGAGAGCACUGCUGUGCCAGCAACCCUCCGCUCCAAUGUACAGGACGAGGUGGAAGUGCUGCCCAUUGGCAGCGGCGGCGAGGUGGGCCGCUCGUGCGUCGUGGUGCACUACAAGGGGCGCGGGGUCAUGCUUGACUGCGGCAACCACCCGGCCAAAAGCGGCCUUGACUCCCUCCCCUUCUUUGACAGCAUCAAGUGCGACGAAAUCGACGUGGUGCUCAUCACGCACUUCCACCUAGAUCACUGCGGGGCACUGCCAUACUUUUGCAACCAGACGUCCUUCAAGGGCCGCGUUUUCAUGACCAGUGCCACCAAGGCCUUCUACAAGAUGGUCAUGAACGACUUCUUGCGCAUCGGCGCCGGGGCCAGCGACCUUGUCACGAGUGAGUGGUUGCAGAGCACAAUCGACCGUAUCGAGACCAUUGAGUACCACGAAGAGGUCACCGUGAACGGCAUCUCCUUCCAGCCGUUCAACGCCGGCCACGUGCUUGGGGCAGCCAUGUUCAUGGUCGACAUCGCCGGCAUGCGUGCCCUGUACACCGGCGACUUUUCCCGUGUGCCGGACCGUCAUCUGCUGGGGGCAGAGGUGCCGCCCUACUCACCGGACAUCCUGAUUGCGGAGAGCACAAACGGCAUCCGCGAGCUCGAGUCCCGCGAAGAGCGCGAGCACCUCUUCACGAGCAGCGUGCACGACGUUGUGCGCCGCGGUGGUCGUUGUCUGGUGCCCGUAUUUGCCCUAGGCCGUGCGCAGGAGCUGCUCCUCAUUCUCGAGGAGUUCUGGGAUGCGCAUAAGGAGCUGCAGAACAUUCCCAUCUACUACGCCUCUUCCCUGGCGCAGCGCUGUAUGAAACUCUACCAAACCUUCGUCAGCGCCAUGAACGACCGGGUGAAGCAGCAGCACGCCAAUCAUCACAACCCUUUCGUCUUCAAGUACAUUCACUCGCUCAUAGACACAAAGUCCUUCGAGGACAACGGCCCGUGCGUGGUACUGGCCUCUCCUGGUAUGCUUCAGUCGGGGAUCUCGCUGGAACUGUUCGAGCGUUGGUGCGGGGACCGUCGCAACGGUAUCAUCAUGGCGGGCUACUGCGUCGACGGCACUAUUGCAAAGGACGUGCUCGCAAAGCCUAAGGAGGUGGCGAAGCCGGACGGCAAAGUGCUACCGCUGCGUAUGAGCACCAUCGAGGCCGUCUCUUUCUCUGCCCACUCAGACGGUCGGCAGACACGCGACUUCAUUCACCACCUUACCAAGGUGAAGCACACAAUCCUGGUGCACGGCAACCCUGGUGCCAUGGGGCAGCUCAAGAACAAGCUCCUUCAGGACUUCCGGGACCGCAACAUGUCCGUCUACACCACCAUGAACCAAGAGUCGAUCCGCAUUCCAUUUGUACAGGAGCGCACCGCGAAAGUAAUGGGCAAGCUGGCAAACAUGAGCCUGCGGGCGGGCGAGUUUGUGAGCGGCGUGAUGCUCGUGUCCGGCCAGCACCAGUACAGUAUCGUCCAUCCCGACGACGUGCCGGUGUUCACCGAUCUCAGCGUGAACCGUGUUCAGCAGGCGAUGGUCCUCCCCCUGCCGCGCCACCGCUCACCGCUGGAGGUGUUGCAGGUGCUUCAGCGAUACUUUGCACAGAGCAAACUGUUCGAGGAUGUGGCGCCGCGCCAGUCCACUGAGCAGGAGGCCACAGAGGCGCAGCAGGCAGCUGCCGAGCGUGGUGAGACCCGCGACCUCGACACGACGCUGCUGUUCGUCUCCAAAGAUGUCACCGUCGACGUGCACAAGAGCUCGCAGGCGCAGACGACGCUCACCAUCACGUGGUACAGCAGCCACUAUAACGACCUCCUCGCUGACGUCACGUGCAUUGCGCUGGCCAAGCUUGCUGAGGAGCCGCAUGAGGCGGAAGGGGAGGACGUGCUCGUGCCUGCCGACGUCUCCGGCCAGGACCGUAUCUUCCGGGUCAAGUGUUUUCACUCCAUGAUCUCGCAGUUCUAUUCAUCCGUCAAGACGAACUUGUCGUCGGGCAGCUGCAGUGUCACCCUUGCGGAUGGACAGGUGGCGAACAUUGUGGACUGUAUCGAGGUCUACUUGGAGAGCAGCACUGGUAAGAAGGACGUCGACUACGACGCACCAGAGGUUCAGAAGCUGAAGCAGAUCCUGAAGCGCAUCUAUCUGACGUUGUUUCCCAUUCCAGUGGACAACGGCUGGUGCGACUGCGGCAUGAUUCAUGGCGAGGAACCGGUCGCGGAGUAG